AUGAGUACUGAGGGACUUUCUGAUGAAUAUUUUAUCUCAUCUAGUGAAGACGAAUCUUCAGAUGAAAUAUCAAGAAAAAGACACGAUUUGUUUACAAAAGAAGAUGAUGAAAAGUUGAAAAGUAUCAUUGAAAAAUAUUAUCAGAACGAUUUACGUAAGAUCAAUUGGAGUUUUGUCUCAUUCCAGAUGUCAAACAAGAACAAACGUCAAUGUAAGGACAGAUAUGUCAACUAUCUUCGUGACGGUAUCAACUGUGACAAAUUCAGUCCAGAAGAGAACUAUCUUCUUCGUUGCAAAGUCGACGAGAUUGGUCACAAGUGGCGCAUGAUCUCCAAGUUCUUUGUCAACCGCACCGACAUCAUGAUCAAAGCACAAUGUCGCAAAUUGAUGCGUCGUCAUGCCACAAAAGAGAAUGUGAUGUUCAUAGAUGCAGAGUAUCUCAGAAGAUCAAGAAAUAAAAGAAAACAAUCCCAUGUAAAAUUAGAAAAUCAUAAGAAGUCAAAUAUUAAUAUUAAUCCAACCAAGAUAGAAGUUAAUGAAGAGAAUCCACUGGGAAUCACAUCUCUUGAUAAAUGCUUCCUUGACACUAAUUUCGAAGACUUUAUGAUAUUUGAAGAAUUUAUAAAUUAG